AUUGCUGCCAAGCGUUUUCCCUAUUUUAAUUGGAUAUUAUUAAUUUUUGAACGAGGUGUCCAUCUGCAGAGCCCCACCGCUCCAAUUGCUGGAGAAAAGAGAUCUUCACAAGAACAAUCGAAGCUCUUCCAAAUCCAAAAUGUGAAUCCAAGUCGUCUUCCUCUUUCAAUUUUUUUUCCCUCUUCUUCUUCUUCUUCUUCUUCCUUCUCAAAUCUCCCUGGCCAUGGACUUCUCAACCCUCCAAUCCAGAGCUUCCACUGCCUACAUUCCUCCCCACCGCACCCAGCUACACCCCCGCAUGCACUCCUUCUCCUCUUCACUUCCCCCUCCUCCCCCCACUCCCAAAUCUCCUCUCCAUUCCCGUGAAAAAUGGCUGAUCCUCGCCGCCUCCCUCUUCCUCCUCCCCUUCGUUUUCUACUUCUUCUCCAUGGCCCGGGGCGUCCACCAAUCCUCCAAGUUCUCCGCCCCCAAACCCAAGGGCUUCGCCGUUGUCGUCAGCGGCGGCGCUGCCGCGUUCCAAAUCCGCGUCUUUGAGUUCUUGGUCGAGGGUCGGGUUCCGUUCGUCGAUACCUGGGGCUCCAGUUCGAAAGUCCUGAAGGUUCGCCCGGGGUUGACGGCGUUCCGGGAGGAUCCGAGUGAAGCAGGGAGUUCAGUCUUGGGGUUGAUUGAGUUUGCGAAGCGGAGGGUGCCUAGAUCGGAGUGGGGCAGCACCAGGGUGCAGUUUAUGGCUAGUGGGGAAUUGGAGAAGUUGGGUUUCCGUGUAAGGGACGCGAUCUUGGAAUCGUGCAGGCAGGUGCUGAGAGCGUCUGGAUUUUUGUUUAAGGACGAUUGGGCGGCUGUGAUGAAAGGAGGAGAAGAAGGUGUUUAUGCCUGGGUGGCUGUAAACUAUGCACUUGGAAACUUGGGACGGGAGCCUCACGAAACCAUUGGGGUGGUUGAACUCGGUGGGGCUUCUGCACAGGUUGCAUUUGCUCCAACUGUUCCACCCCCAUUGCAAUUUUCACGAAUCAUCAAACUGGCUGGAGUUUUUUACAAUCUUUAUACUCUGGGCUUGCCUCAAUUUGGUCAGGAUGCGGCUUGGGAUUCACUGCAUGAAUUGCAGAAUUCUAGGGGUUUGAUGUCAUUUUCAAGUUCCACAGACAGAAUUGUGAGCAAUCCUUGCAUUCCUAGAGGAUAUGAGCUAACAUCAAAUUCGAGUGAUUCAGAACUUCUAAUAUCCCAUCCAGUUGGAAACUUUUCUGCUUGUAGACAGGAGGUUUUGUCCUCGUUGAAAAAAAGACAAGAUACAUGCUUGCAUCCUCCUUGUAGGAUUGUCUCAUCUUUUCCUGUUGAGUUACAAGGCCAGCCUGUUCCUCCAGAGAACUUUUUCUAUACUUCUGAGCUAUUCGGGCUCGUCCCCAAAGCUUCAUUGUCUGAAUUAGAGACGGCGGGACAGCACUACUGUCAAGACGAUUGGGAUAAACUUAAAGAACAAUAUCACAGCAUUGAUGAUUUGGAUUUAUCAAAAUAUUGCUUUUCUUCUGCAUAUCUGGUGGCGCUCUUACAUGACAAUCUUGGCAUCUCUAUGGAUGAUAAGAGGGUUGGAUUUGCAAAUGGUACAAGUGUUCCCCUUGACUGGACACUAGGAGCUUUCAUCCUCCAAACAAUGCUGGAACCCCUUGAAUUGGAACAGGGUAAUCUGGGCCAGACAGAUGGAAUUGAAUCAAUCACGUAUUUCUCGUUAUUUGCUGUUCUUUUAAUAGUCGCGCUUGCAGCAUACUUUGUAUUAAAAUUGCGAAAACCCCAGUUAAAAACAAUAUAUGACUUAGAAAAGGGGCGUUAUAUUGUCACCCGCGUACCCAGGUGAUUUUGUUAAUCCCGCGUCAUUUCUUUUUUCUUUCUUUCCUUCUAUGUUUUUGAGAUCCUAUAAAUUACUUGUAUAUUCCAUGAUCA